UGACAUAUGUCAGUUGCCGGUAUUUCUGUCAAACGCACUUGAAUUUUUUGCUGAGUCCUCUUUUCCACAUUGUCGUUUUAUUGCUAAUAGUUUUAAGCAAAUAACUUAUUAAAAAACUAGAAAUGUCUACCAAUUCCAAUUUAUCCGUGGCUGUAGUUUGUUCCUCAAAUAUGAACCGUUCUAUGGAAGCGCAUAACUUUCUAGCGAAGAAAGGCUACAACGUGCGCUCUUUUGGCACAGGCGAGCGUGUCAAGCUGCCAGGCACGGCAAUCGACAAGCCUAAUAUUUAUGAAUUUGGCACACCAUAUGACGCAAUAUACCAGGAUCUGCUCACAAAGGAUAAGCAGUACUACACACAAAACGGCUUACUGCAUAUGCUAGAUCGCAAUCGAAGGAUUAAAAAGUGCCCUGAGCGUUUCCAGGAGUGCAAAGAACAGUUCGAUAUUAUUGUGACGGUGGAGGAGCGAGUCUACGAUCAAGUGCUCGAACACAUGGAAUCAUGUGAUCCCAUCGAUAAUCGACCUGUACACAUAUUCAAUGUGGACAUUGAGGACAAUCACGAAGAAGCACUUAUGGGCGCUUUUGUUAUAACGGACAUGAUAAAUAUGGUAAUGAUCGUCAUGAUGAAGAGAAACCACAAAAUAUGCCCAGUUGGACUACUUGUACCAAUAUUGAUGUUAAGCUGUAGUCUGGAGGUGACAGAAGUAUAUGGGUUAAAGGGUGUGAUUGAGAAAGUCUUGGCAUACGUUUUCCACGCACCUAAAAUUUUAACUAAGUUAAAUUAUUGGUUGCAUAAAUAUACGGUACACUCCAUCCAAAAUGAACGUUUUAUAUUAUUUUUUCAUUCUCUUUUAGCUGGGCUACAAGAUUAUUUGCGCGAAUGCUGUAAGUAACAAUGUAAACGAUUU